AACAAUUUCAAAUAUACAUUUUAUAAGCAACAAUGGGUAUUGAAUCUAGAAAUUAUGAAUCAUUGGAUGAUGAGGAUUUAAACAUUAGAAAUCCAGGAGCAAAUGGUUACUCACCAGUUUCCUUAUCAAGCGAACCACAAUCAAUUCAACAACCACAACCACCACAACCACCACAACUACCACAACAAUAUCCACCAAACCCAUAUUACGUCCAAUACAACCCAUAUCCAGUACAACCACAACAACAAUCACAACAACCACAACAACCACAACCACAACAACAAAUGCAAUCACAACAACCACACCAACCACAAAUGCAACCACAAUAUUAUUAUCCACAACCACAAGUACAACAUUCAGUUUAUGUUCAAGAAUACCCAUCAAUCCCAAAUGUUAUUGUUAAAACUUCACAGAACCAAGAUGAGGAAGAUUUUAAUCCAGCAUUAAUUUUUUUCGUUGCUGGUUUUUGUUUCUGGUGUGUAUGGUUCGUCAAUAUUAAAUAUUUAAAGAGUAGAAAUAAGAAUGCCAAAUUACUUGCCACUCUUUCCGUUAUUUUCGGUGUACUUUAUCUUAUUCUCAUUUUGGUUGUUAUUGUUCCUCUUGCCAUCAGUUCAUCAAAUCAUCGUUAUUAUUAUAAUUAAAUUUUUAUUUAAUUUAGAUCAAACCAAACCAAACCAAAAAAAAACAAAUAAAUAAAUAAAAAAAAUUUUAAUAUCUCCC